GAAACCAUCCAGGCACACGAGGGUGCUGUUUCAUGCGUUGCGUUAUUUCCAAACAAGCGAGGAAUUGUAUCCGGGGGCCCGGAUAAAAAAAUUAAGUUCUGGGAAUUUGAUUUAAUAAGUGAUGAAAAUUAUUCAGUGAGUUCAAAGCGAGUAUCUUUAACCCACACUCGGACUUUCGAGUUAGAUGACCAAAUUCUUGACGUUGAAUUUACCCCGAAUAAUCGUUUUAUUGCCGCGUCAUUAUUGGAUUGUUCCGUCAAAAUAUUUUACGUGGAUUCUUUGAAGUUUUUUCUCUCGUUAUACGGACACUCUCUUCCCCCCUCUUGUGUGAGCAUUAGUUCAGAUUCAACGCUGAUUGUUUCCGGGUCACCAGACCGGAACGUUAAAAUAUGGGGUCUGGAUUUUGGUGACUGUCAUAGGUCAUUAUUUGCGCAUGAUAACGACGUUACUGGAUUAAAAUUCGUGCCCGAUACUCACCUGUUCUUCAGCUGUGGUAAGGAUGGUUUAGUUAAGCAAUGGGAUGCAGACAAUUUCACACUGAUUCAAGUCUUGCAGGGCCACUUGGGUCCAGUAUGGUCACUAUGUGUCAGUACCGAUGGUGACCAUGUUGCUACUUGUGGAAAUGAUCGCUCACUAAGAUUAUGGAAUCGAUCCAUGGAAGUGGUCAUCCCUGAUGAGGAGAGGGAGCAUGAAAGAGAAAAGGAAGAGGAAAAAUUGCUCGCCAAGAACCAAGACACUACAGUGGCAGGAGAGAGCAAGGAAAAUGAGGUUGGCAUGGCAACCAAGACAACAGUUGAAAGUGUGAGGGGUGCUGAGAAAAUAAUGGAGGCAAUUGAGUUAUUUAAUGAAGAGAAAGUAAAAGAAGAAGAAUUUAAAUUCAUCAACAAAAACAAAGAUGUAUUUUACAAAUCUGAUCAUCCUAUACUAAGGGCAUACGGCAAUAUUACGGCUACGAGAUAUGUUUUAGAAGUCAUACGAAAGAUUCGCUCAAGUGAAUUAGAAGAGUCGUUACUUGUCCUCCCAUUUUCUUACGUCCCCGAUCUGCUGCAAUUACUCGGUACCUUCGUCGCUAGAGGGCGUGAAGUAGAGCUAGCUUGCCGUUGUAUAUUUUUCCUUUUAAGAAUUCACCACGGCCGAAUAACGACCAAUCAGACGCUAGUGAAUGUUCUGGACGAUUUACGUCAUAAUACAGAAACAAAGAUCGACCAAUUACGUAACACCAUCGGUUUUAACUUGGCUGCUCUGGGUCACAUACGUCGUCAAUUCGAAUCCAAGAAUGACGUCACGUUUUUCUCCGACGCCACACAGCGGGCAAACGAUAAGAAGAAACGACGCAAGCGUACUACACAGCGUGCAGUUCUAACCACUUUUACCAAGUCUUCAAAGACACUCAGUUUCAAGCUUAAAGAGUUAUGAUACAGUAGUUCCAGGUUAUUUUAACAUCAUAGGCUUAAUCUAAACUAAAGAUACAUCAUUGUAGGCUAGACUUAGA